UUCAUGUUCAUGUUCCAGCAACCGGGAGGGUUUUCACCUUUCAAUCCGGGAUUGUAUCCACAAUCCUCACCUCAAACUAACGUCAUUCGCCCGAUCGUCCGACAAACCUGAUCGGGGAGAUGGAUAAAGCAGGACCAUCCCGGUCUAGAAGGAGCCGGUCCCGUAGGUCGCAGACAAAGGUGACCUCGGACGGGGAUGUGCGUUCAGUCCACAGCAAAGACGAGGAUUGGGACGUUCCCCAGGCGCUCAAAAAGUUGAAGGGAAAGGCAAUUCAGCCAGAAGGAUCUAGGAGGUCGGCCUUUCAGAGACUGGGCCAUGAGGGCCGAAACCAGAACCGGUCAGCAAAAGAGCGGCUUGGAGUGGAAACCAUCCCAGCUAGUGCCUUUAACCGGGAAGGGAGAGGAGCCGGACGACCUGGUCAGACCAGGCGAACGGAACCACCCCCACGCGAUGAGCCCCAGCACAGCCGGGCGCCGCGGGAGGAAGAAGCCGAAAGCCAUCCCAGGCACCCGACCCGUUCUCAUGUUGAACAACCACGGGAUCGUGUGGGCCGGGUCGAGGCACGUCUGGAGAAACUGCAACGCCGGGUAGACCGGGAAGAAAAGAAGAAGAUUCUACUGAACGAAUCUCCGUUCACAGACCGGGUUCAUGAGACCCCGUUUCCAAAGAAGGCGAAACUUGAAGUCCCGAAGUUCACCAGGAAGGAGGACCCGGAGAUUCACGUCAAAACCCUCCAUCAAAGUAGGCGGAUGAUGGGUCUCUCCGGGGAUGAGAAAUGUUUGCUUUUCUUUCAAACCCUCCGCGGCCGCGCCGCCGAGUGGUUUCAUAACUUGCCGGCCGGCGAAAUCGAUUCUUUCGAUGAGCUGGCUGAAGUGUUUCAAGAAAAGUUCAAGGAAAACUGUACCAAGAGGAAAAAAUUCACCUACUUGAGUACAGCCGGGCAGCGAGAGCACGAGGAUCUGACAAAGUUCCUUACCCGGUGGAAGGAUGAAGUUGACAAGGUGGAGGAGAUGGACGACAAAACAGCCAUGUCCCUCCUUGUGUCCGGGCUCCGGUCCGGAGCGCUGUAUAAAGAAUUCUGCAGGAAGCCUCCCCAGUCCUAUCAAGAGGCCUAUAACACGGCCUGGGAUUAUGCUGACGCUGAAGCCCAGGUGUUAUCUAAACGGGAGGCCGAGCAGGGCCAUUCAAAAGGAAAGAUUUCCUUGAAAAAGGAGAUCGGAUUGCCCGAGUGUAACAGUGUGAAAGGAGUAAUAAAGCAGAUGAUCGAGGCCGGGGAGAUUGAUCCUGAGUACCUGGCUCAGGCCAAACCGAAGAAGAACCAAUGGGUGAGGCCUGAAGGACAGCCGGCUGAACAGAACAAAAAGAAGAAAACAGCUGGUAAGGAGCACUUACAAGUCAUCUACGGCGGACCAGAAGGAGGAGACUCUGCUUCCCAAAUGAAGAAAUGGGGGCGAGAGCUCUAUGUAGGAACGGUGGCCCUCAAUCCCCGGUCAAAACAAGCAAGACGGGAGCCGAUCACUUUUACUGACCGGGACCUUCCCGCCACCGGAGAAGAUCACAAUGACCCCCUGGUGAUAACUAUGGAUAUGGGUGGAGUCGAUGUCUCCCGGGUACUUGUUGACACGGGCAGCAGUGUCAACGUUUUGUACCUGGAAGCGUUUGAGAAGCUCAAGUUGUGUCGAACACGGCUUGAGCCCUUAAAGACUCCCCUGUCUGGGUUUACCGGGGACUCAGUCGAAGCUGAAGGGUCGAUCCUUCUAACUUGUGAGCUGGGCACGGGCGAGCAGGUCGUCCAGAAGCAGAUGAGAUUUGUAGUUGUGAACAUCAAAUGUGUUCACAAUGCUAUUUUGGGCCGGCCUGGAAUAAACAAGGUCCGAGGGGUCAUCUCCAUGGCCCAUCUCUGUAUGAAGUUCUAUACCCCGGGCGGUAUAGGACAAGUCAGAGGUGAUCAAAAGAAGGCCCGGCAUUGCUAUCUGGAGGCAGUAAAGAAAAUGACAAAGGCCUUUGAGAGAGUCACUUUGGUCUCUCAAGAAGAAGACCGGUCAAAGCUGGAACCGGGUGAUGAGACCGAGCAGAUCGUUCUCCGGGAAGCCUUCCCAGAAAGAAUGGUACGGAUCGGAAGAGAUUUGCCCGGGGGACUUCGAGAUGAAAUCAUCUCAGUUCUUCGGGAAUAUGCAGAUAUUUUCGCUUGGAGUGUGGCAGACAUGCCGGGCAUUGAUCGUUCUGUCAUAUGCCAUCGCUUGGCUGUGAUGGAAGGGAGCCGGCCAGUAAAACAAAAGAAAAGGCACUUGGCUAACGUCCGGAGGGACUUUGUGAAAAAAGAGGGUCAAGCUUUGGCAGACUUCUUCGUUGAACUGACCGGUCUGGAGCCCGAGGCCGGACCUUCACAUACGGUCGAACCGUGGUGGGAUAUGGCCGUUGACGGGGCCUCUAGACCGAAGGGAUGCGGGGCCGGCGUAGUCUUCACUACCCCGGAAGGAUUUAAGAUCUACCAUGCCCUGAUCUUCAACUUCAAGCUCACCAACAAUGAGGCGGAGUAUGAGGCGCUGGCCGGUGGCCUCAGAUUAGCCCGGACACUUGGAAUAAAAAGGAUGAAGAUCCGUUCCGAUUCAAGUCUAGUGGUCGGACAGGUCAAUGGUGAGAUGGAAGUAAAAGAGGAUCGUCUGGCCUGGUAUAGUGACCUGGUCCGAGCGCUUCUAAGGGAAUUAGAAGAGUUUCGUCUGACUAGGAUACCCCGGUCGGAAAAUGCUGAUGCAAAUAUGCUUUCAAAAUUGACGCAAGCUUGCCCAGAGCAUGUGUCGAAGUUGGCGAAAAUUGAGAUCCUGGAUGUCCCGAGUACAGACCGGUUUGAAGUCGCGGCCAUCCAACCGGGCCAGACUUCAGCAACCGGGAUAAUAGGGGCAGAUGAUGACUGGAGGUACGAACUCAUGGAGUAUUUGGAGACGGUCAGAAGCCUGAUGACGAGGAACGAGCCAGGAAGGUAGUCCUGCGGGCUCCACGUUUCCAGGUGAUCGACGGCCACUUGUACAAACGAGCAAUUGGCGGACCACUCUUGUGUUGCCUUACCAACCCGGAGGCUGAGCGGGUAAUUGCCGAGGUACAUGAGGGAGUUUGUGCAGCACAUCAGAUGUCCCGCACUUUGGCUCAAAGGAUCAUCCUGCUAGGCUACUACUGGCAG